CUUUUCUUCUAUAUAACCAAUAUCAUACAACUAAAACAAAUUCAAGAAAAUAAUUUUGCUUCGAACACGUUUGAAGUAUUGGAGAUAGAUUUUUCAUUUUAGGGUACAAUCGUCCGCCUCAGGGCGUUAAAUAUUAUUGCAUGGUUUUGCAUGGUUUAAGAGAUUAGUCUUUUGAUCGAUCAGAGUCAACGUUAACGUUACGAUUGGUUGAAGAUGGAGCCAGCAAAUCUUAAUAUUUUAAGAGGGAGUAAUAGUUUAAGGGGAAGUUUUAGGGCAAAUAGUAGUUCAAUAUUUUCACGUUCAGCUCGAGAUGAAGAUGAUGAAGAAGCUCUUAAAUGGGCUGCUUUAGAAAAAUUGCCAACUUUUGAUCGUCUGAGAAAAGGUUUAUUGUUUGGAUCAGAAGGUGAUUCUGCUGCUGAAGUUGAUAUAAAUGAUAUUGGACAUCAAGAAAGGAAAUCUUUACUUGAAAGGCUUGUUAAAGUUGCAGAUGAAGAUAAUGAGAAGUUGUUGUUGAAACUCAAGAAUAGAAUUGACACAGUUGGGAUUGAUAUGCCAUCAAUAGAAGUAAGAUAUGAGAAUCUAACUAUUGAGGCAGAUGCAUAUGUAGGAAGCAGAGCUUUGCCUACUUUUAUCAACUUCAUUACCAACUUCUUUGAGACUGUUGAAUUCUCUUCACAUUCUACCAAGUAAAAAGAGACAAAUUACAAUACUCAAAGAUAUAAGUGGAAUGAUUAAGCCAUGCAGAUUAACUCUGCUUUUGGGACCUCCAAGC